AUGGCUAACAAACUUAUCGAUCCAGCAACAUCACCACACGUCAAAGAUGUCACUAAAGUUGAGCUUCCUGCUACAAUGGAGAAGGCCGCAUUGUUCGUUGUCAACGAUUACAACGGCACUAAGUACGAUCUCGGUUUAGGUCCAGAUAACGAUGGCUACCACAUGUCCAAGCUUUUCUCCACAUUCGGCUUCGACUGCUACUAUCUUCGCAACGCUCGUAAAGCACAGUUCCUUCAAUAUCUUGGCCACUUCUUCAAGAACGUCACAAAGCACAUGGCUCUUUUCUAUGUCGGCCAUGGCACAAACAUCAAAGACUUAGAUGGUGACGAGGACGACGGCUUUGAUGAAGCAUUGUUCUUUGUCGACGGUGUUGUUGUUGAUGAUGUCCUUAUCCACCACCUUAUCGAGAACAAGAACCCAGAGUCAGUUCUUACAUUGAUCACUGAUGCCUGCCACUCCGGCACUAUCUGGGACAUCCAGUCCGGCAACUUCAAAGGCCGUGAGCUUCCAGCUAAGAUCAUGUCCAUCUCAGCAGCAGCAGAUAAGCAGACAGCUAAGCAGACCGUUGUCGAGAAGAUGGAGCAAGGCAUGUUCUCAUACAACUUCAGAAAACUCAUCAAAGGCGACGCUAACUUGAAGCCACGCGACUUGAAGAGAGGCAUCAAGACAGCUCUCCAAAAGUUCAGCCAGACAUGUGCUAUUGCUACAACAUCUGCCGAACUUCUCGACAUCCCAAUCAUGCAACCAUAA